AUGCAACCAAACAAGAUUCAAAAGUUAGCGAAGGUGCUUGGAAGACAAAUGCGUAAGAAAAACAAAAGUGUUAAGAUUACUGAGUCUAAUGGUGUGUCUGGUAAUGGACAUGUUCACGAUCAGAAAUCCUAUGUAUCGAACAGUAAUCCAGUUGUGCGACAAUUAAGAAUGUUAGAAAUUUAUAAAUUUGCUGAUUCGAUUGAUGUUUUAAUCAUGACACUAGGCACAGCAGCAGCGCUGGCAUCGGGUGCAUGUUUUCCACUGUUAUUACUUGUCUAUCAGAAUGUGACCGAUGCAUUGGUUAACUAUGGAAAAUUACAGCAAAUAGCUGACUACGGUCUGCAAAAUUUAACUAACGUGUCUUGCGAAAAUGGAGGGUUUGCUUUACCAGAUACUACUACAAGUCCAAUAGAUGCCAUUCAGAAUGUGGUGAAAUGGUAUAUUGUGUUGGGAUUUUUAAGUAUUCUAUUUUAUACGAUUGCUUUCUCAUGUUAUAUGGUAUCUGCUGAAAGACAAAUUAGACGAAUACGAUUUCUUUUGUUUCGAAAUAUAUUGCACCAAGAAAUGGCUUGGUUCGAUGUGUGUGGAAAGGGAAAAUUGGGUAAUAUGUUAACAGAUGAUCUGGUUAAAGUGAAUGAAGGAAUUGGUGAUAAAGUUGCCGACUUUCUGUCAUUGAUAGCAAGAAUGGUUGGUUGUUUAAUAUUCGCACUGAUUAAAGGAUGGAAACUGACAUUAGUAAUUCUUGCCGUGGCGCCUCUUGUCAUAGUAGCGUUUAAUCUGACUAUACAGUUAACUAUUAAAUACAAUAUAAAGCAAAUAGAAGCAUAUUCAACAGCAAAUGGGAUCGCUCAGGAAGUAUUCACAGCCAUUCGUACCGUUACAGCAUUCAAUGGACAAAAGAAAGAACAAACAAGAUAUGCCGAAAGUUUACAAAAAGUACCAUUAAUUGGCAUUAGGAAAGGAGUUAUAAUUGGUUUCUGUCAAGUAUUUUCGAAUUUGGCUAUUGGAAUUGUCUUUACGGCUGCUCUUUGGUACGGACAGUACCUAAUUAAAACUGAAUGUCGAGCUUAUUCUGCUGGUAUUCUCGUCGUCAUAUUUAUCGCUUGUUUGAAUACAACAUGGUGUCUCAGUCAGAUUGUACCCAGUUUAGAAAAAUUUGCUGAAGCAACAGCGUCAGGCAGUUUUAUUUUUGAAAUCGUAGCACGAAAAUCAAAAAUUGAUUCAUCGAAAGAAAAAGAAGGAGAAAUACCGAGCACUUUGAUCGGCGAUAUCGAGUUUAGGAAUGUUUAUUUUACUUAUCCUGCACGAGAAGACCAAACGAUUUAUUUAGAUAAUCGUGACAUCCGUAAUCUUAAUAUCGAAUGGUUAAGAUCGCAAAUAGGAUAUGUCGGUCAGGAACCGAUUCUAUUUGCCGGAUCGAUUCAAGAAAACAUACGCUUGGGAAAACCAGACGCAACAAAUGAAGAAAUUCAAGCAGCGGCUAAAAUGGCAAAUGCGCACGACUUUAUUACGAAACUGGCUGAUGGGUACAAUACUGAAUCGAAAGGGCGUCUUAGCGGUGGACAGAAACAACGUAUCGCUAUUGCUAGAGCAAUUAUAUCAGAUCCUCGUAUUUUAUUACUUGAUGAAGCUACUUCUGCUUUAGAUAGUCGAAGUGAAAAGGUCGUACAAGAUGCAUUGGAUAAAGCAAAAGAAGGUCGUACAACUGUCGUGAUCGCGCACCGAUUAACAACAAUUAGAGAUGCUGAUAUUAUAUUUAUGUUCGAUCAGGGGAAAAUAGUUGAACAGGGUACACACAAUGAACUCGUACGACAAGAAGGCUUGUAUUAUCAAUUGGCAAGCCAAAAAGCAGCUGAAGAAGAAGAACAGCCCGAAAACGAACAAACUGAAACCAUAAAUCGAGAGGCAAAUUUAACCCCUCGUCGUAUGUCAUCGAUUGAACUUGAAGAAAAUGAUGAAGAUGAAAAUCUAAACAAUGUAGUCGUUCAAGAAUCAUCUGUAAGCGAAGCACCUCGUGCUUUUUUCCGACGGCCGUUUUCUUAUAAACUGUUAAAACUCAAUUCCCCAGAAAAGUGGUAUUUAUUAACUGGUUCGAUUUGUGCUCUCUUAUUUGGUGCUGUUGAGCCGGCUGUCGGUCUGGUUUAUUCCGUUGUCUACGGGCUUUUAGCAAAUUCAAACUUGGAAGAGCAGUCAACUCAAACAAGAAAUUUAUCACUGAGUAUCUUUGGCAUUUAUGUGUGUGCCGGUGUGUUACAAUUCCUCAGUACGGUGACAUUUACAAAAGCGGGUGAAGAAUUGACAAUGAGAAUGAGACUGAUGACAUUUGCAGCAAUACUAAGGAAAGAAAUGGGAUGGUUUGAUAAAGAUUCGAAUAGUGUUGGAUCGUUGAUCACACGUUUAUCAAGUGACACAAGUGCAUUAAAAGGUUUGACUGGAGUACGCCUUGGAGUUUUAUUACAAUCACUGGGUGCAGUCAUAGCAGCAUUUGUUAUCGCAUUUCAAGCAGGAUGGAAAUUAACGUUUGUAGUACUCUGUUUUACACCAUUGCUGAUUUUAUCGGGUUAUCUGCAAGGGCGAACGCAAACAAGAGCUGGUCAUUCAAAAACAGCGAAAUCAUUUGCCGAAGAAGGUGGCAGGUAUGCCGUUGAAGCUAUCCAAGGUAUUCGUACUGUGGCAACGUUAAAUAGGCAAAAAUUUUUUAUUAAAAAAUAUGAAGAUAACUUCAAUAAUGAUUUCAGUGUCGGACGAUCGACAUCAGCAAUGCCCGCUUAUGCUAAAGCAAAAGCAGCAGCCUUGAGAAUUAUGCAACUAAAAAAUCACAGAUCGGAAAUCGAUCCUGAUGAUGGAAGCGGUCUCAAGCCGACCAAAGUUAAUGGUUGUAUUGAAUUCCGUAAUGUCGAUUUUGAAUAUCCGGCUCGAAGAAAGAUACAGAUUUUGAAAAAUUUCAGUCUUAUUUGUCCCCAAAAUCAGACAACUGCACUCGUAGGCUCUUCCGGAUCAGGAAAGAGUACAGCCAUUGCUCUACUGUUAAGAUUUUACGAUCCAUCCAAAGGAGAAGUUUACCUGGAUGGCUAUAAGUUGAAAUCAUUGAAUGUUCAAUGGUUACGUUCGGUUAUUGGUUUUGUACAGCAAGAACCGUUGCUAUUUGGAGGAACGGUCCGAGAAAACAUUGCCUAUGGGGAUAAUAGUCGAGAAGUGCCAUUUGAAGAAAUCCAAGAGGCAGCCAAAAGGGCGAAUAUUCAUUCAAGAAUAUUAAAGCUACCAAAGGGUUAUGACACACCCUGUGGUACUACAGGUGAUACACAAUUAGCCGGUGGUGAAAAGCAGAGAGUUGCUAUUGCUCGUGCCCUCGUCGGAAACCGGAAAAUCUUGCUGUUAGAUGAAGCAACUUCAGCUUUAGACAAUCGUUCUCAACAGAUUGUUCAAGAAGCAAUAGAUGAAGCUCGAGCAGAUCGCACCUGUGUAACCAUCGCUCAUCGUUUAACCGCCAUACAAAACAGCGAGAAGAUCGUUGUGGUGGAACGGGGUCAACCACGGGAAGAAGGAACGCACGACGCAUUGUUGAGACGACGGGGCUACUAUUAUAGAUUACACAGAGCAACACAACAUCAGGGAACUAAUGAAUAA